CUGCUGCUAGAUUGUUGGCGGAUUCUCAGCUUUUCGGGGAGAAGCGGCACAAGACCCGCUGGUCGCCUGCUCUCCCUUGCCUCGGAUUCCUCGCUGGGUCCCCUGGGGCCUUAUCGCGCGCCGCCUAGAGGAGGAGGACGUGGGGCCGCGGCGCGCAACAUGGAGUGGGGUUACCUGUUGGAAGUGACCUCGCUGCUAGCCGCCUUGGCGCUGCUGCAGCGCUCGAGCGGCGCCGCCGCGGCUUCGGCCAAGGAGCUGGCGUGCCAAGAGAUCACGGUGCCGCUGUGCAAGGGCAUCGGUUACAACUACACCUACAUGCCCAACCAGUUCAACCACGACACGCAAGACGAGGCGGGCCUGGAAGUGCACCAAUUCUGGCCGCUGGUGGAGAUCCAGUGCUCCCCCGACCUCAAGUUCUUUCUGUGCAGCAUGUACACGCCCAUCUGCCUGGAAGACUACAAGAAGCCUCUGCCGCCUUGCCGCUCGGUGUGCGAACGCGCCAAGGCCGGCUGCGCGCCGCUCAUGCGCCAGUACGGCUUCGCCUGGCCUGACCGCAUGCGCUGCGACCGGCUGCCGGAGCAGGGCAACCCGGACACUCUGUGCAUGGACUACAACCGCACCGACCUCACCACGGCCGCACCCAGCCCACCGCGCCGCCUGCCGCCGCCGCCGCCGGGCGAGCAGCCGCCCUCCGGCAGCGGCCACGGCCGCCCGCCAGGGGCCAGGCCCCCACACCGUGGUGGCGGCAGUCGAGGCGGCGGGGACACGGCGGUGGCGCCCCCCUCGCGCGGCGGGAAGGCGAGGCCCCCUAGUGGUGGCGCAGCUCCCUGCGAGCCGGGGUGUCAGUGCCGCGCGCCCAUGGUGAGCGUGUCCAGCGAACGCCACCCCCUCUACAACCGCGUCAAGACCGGCCAGAUCGCCAACUGCGCGCUGCCCUGCCACAACCCCUUCUUCAGCCAGGAUGAGCGCGCCUUCACAGUCUUCUGGAUCGGCCUGUGGUCGGUGCUCUGCUUCGUCUCCACCUUUGCCACCGUCUCCACCUUCCUCAUCGAUAUGGAGCGCUUCAAGUACCCGGAGCGGCCCAUCAUCUUCCUCUCCGCCUGCUACCUCUUCGUGUCAGUCGGGUACCUGGUGCGCCUGGUGGCAGGGCACGAGAAGGUGGCCUGCAGCGGUGGCGCUCCGGGUGCAGACGGAGCUGGGGGUGCUGGCGGCGCGGCCGCGGCGGGCGCGGGGGCGGCGGGCGCGGGGGCGAGCGGCCCGGGAGCGCGCGGCGAGUACGAGGAGCUGGGAGCAGUAGAGCAGCACGUGCGCUAUGAAACCACCGGCCCCGCGCUGUGCACGGUGGUCUUCCUCCUUGUCUACUUCUUUGGCAUGGCCAGCUCCAUCUGGUGGGUAAUCCUGUCGCUCACGUGGUUCCUGGCGGCUGGCAUGAAGUGGGGCAAUGAGGCCAUCGCGGGCUACUCGCAAUACUUCCACCUAGCCGCGUGGCUGGUGCCCAGCGUCAAGUCGAUUGCGGUGCUGGCGCUCAGCUCCGUGGACGGAGACCCGGUGGCGGGCAUCUGCUACGUGGGCAACCAGAGCCUCGACAACCUGCGUGGCUUCGUGCUGGCGCCACUGGUCAUCUACCUCUUCAUUGGCACCAUGUUUCUGUUGGCUGGUUUCGUGUCGCUGUUUCGAAUCCGCUCGGUCAUCAAACAGCAAGGAGGCCCAACCAAGACGCACAAGCUAGAGAAGCUCAUGAUCCGCCUGGGCCUCUUCACCGUGCUCUACACGGUGCCUGCCGCUGUCGUUGUUGCCUGCCUUUUCUAUGAGCAGCACAACCGUCCACGCUGGGAGGCCACUCACAACUGCCCGUGCCUUCGGGACUUGCAGCCUGAUCAGGCUCGCAGGCCCGAUUACGCGGUCUUCAUGCUCAAGUACUUCAUGUGUCUGGUGGUGGGCAUCACGUCGGGCGUGUGGGUCUGGUCCGGCAAGACUCUGGAGUCCUGGCGCGCGCUGUGCACUCGCUGCUGCUGGGCCAGCAAGGGCGCAGCAGUAGGCACGGGAGCCGGAGGCGGCGGCCCAGGGGGCGGCGGUCCCGGGCCUGGCGGGGGUGGGGGACCCGGCGGAGGCGGGGGAUCUCUCUACAGCGACGUCAGCACCGGCCUGACGUGGCGGUCUGGCACGGCCAGCUCCAUGUCUUACCCUAAGCAGAUGCCAUUGUCCCAGGUCUGAACCCUAAGCAGACUCCCAGAAGGAGCGGAGAGGGGUGGGGGAUGGGGAACCCGAGGGCGGCGAAGGGACCCCAGACCGGCCGGGGUUCCCACCCCUUCACGGUGUUGAUUGCUAUUAGCAUGAUAAUGAACUCUUAAUGGUAUCCAUUAGCCGCUGGGACUUAAAUGACUCACUUAGAACAAAGUACCUGGCAUUGAAGCCUCCCAGGCCCAGCCCCUCCCCUCCGACGCUCUGGAGCGCCUCCCCCAGGCACUGGUUUCAGUGGGCUAGGAGAGUUGGAACCCUUCUGGGUACCCUGGCUAAACCUUGAGGUCAACCUACAGACUUCACCCAAGGGACCGCUUCACCCUCGACUCCGCCUGCAUAAAUUCACUCCUCAUACACCCUGGAGGAGGGACGACUGCUACCUUGUGGGAUUGCACGGUUUGGGUAUUCUUAAUGACCAGGCAGAUGCCUUAAAUAAACAAGAGAUGUCUUAAUUAUGCACCCCAAGUAAAUACGGGUUUCUUACAUUAGAGGAUGUAUUUAUAUAAUUAUUUGUUAAAUUGUAAAAAAGAAAAAGAAAAAGGAAAACGUGUAAGAUAUGUAUAUAUCCAAAGAUAUACAACGUGUACAUUAUUUGUAAAAAACGUUUAGAGGCUACCCCUGUAAGAACAAAUAUAAGUAUUCUAUUUUGUCAAUAAAAUGACUUUUGAUAAAUGAUUUAAAUACCACCCUGUCCCCCGACUUUUCUGAACUGUUCCCCUUAUGCUUGCUGAGGACAUGUGGGGAAGCGGACAUUUUUUGGCUUGCCAUUCUGUACACUGACUUUAGGCAUGGAGACAAUUACAUGUUAACCUCUAGUUCUUAAACUGUUAGCAAAGUAAAUGUCAUUGUUGAAUUGAAAUCAAAAUCGCGUUUUUGCACUUUCCCCA